CUUCCUCCAACCUGGGACUACUUGCAAGUGCAGGACUUGGGACGUGCAGGAGGUGCAUCCAACCGGCAUCCAUUCAAUCCCAAGCCUGUCCUGUACACUCUUCGGGCAACUCCUCUUCUCCAACGCUUCCGCAGAGUUGAUUGACGUGCGGUGAUCCGGCUCACGUCCGACCCGGCCAGGGUCUUGGCCUUUGGGGUGUACGGCUGUGCGUCUCAAACUCUCCCUGCCACUGUGAGGGGUAACAGCUCCGUUGACUGCGGUUCCUGGCCUGUCGUCAACAUCAUACGUUUUUUUGCUUUAGCCUUGUCCAGUGGAUGCACAGUCGGCCCUGAUACUACGCCUCACCUCAUCCUUUCCCCCGUCUUGUCCUUACCUUGCCCAUUCUACCCUAUUCUCUCGCUUCUAUGCCUUACUCGACUUGAUUCGACGGGUGCAUCGAUGUAGCUCGGCCAGGCCGUCCAUCCCUGGCACGAACCGUCCGCCACUGUACCGCGCUCUCUCCAACCCCUGCACCCUCACUUAUACUCCCGGAUCCUGUCCUUAUGGGCUCGUCCAAGAUGUUGCUCUCGUCUCUAUAUAAGGCCUACGUUGCCAUACUCUUUAUGCUCGUCUGAUGAGAUCAAGCGAUCCAAGCUCAACAGUCUUCCAUCUUAUACACCAAUAUCUCUUCCUAGCUCUCAACAGGAAAGCCCCAUCUCUUCUUCAGUGACCUUUCAAUACCACAGACACCAGUAGCCAUAAUGUCGGCCCCCGAGAUCCCAACCGAGCAGUGGGCUCAGGUCAUUGAGAAGACCGGUGGACCUGCCAUCUACAAGAAGAUCCCUGUCCAGAAGCCUGCUUCCGAUGAGGUUCUGAUCAACAUCAAGUACUCCGGCGUCUGCCAUACCGACCUGCACGCCAUGAUGGGCGACUGGCCCCUGGCCACCAAACUCCCGCUGGUUGGCGGUCAUGAGGGUGCUGGUGUUGUCGUCGCUCGUGGUGAGCUUGUCAAGGAUGUCGAGAUUGGCGACUACGCCGGCGUCAAGUGGCUGAACGGCUCUUGCCUUGCCUGCACCUUCUGCCAGGACGCCGACGAGCCCCUCUGCCCCCACGCCCUCCUGUCCGGCUAUACGGUCGACGGCAGCUUCCAGCAGUACGCCAUCGCCAAGGCGGCCCACGUCGCCCGCAUCCCCAAGGACGUCAGCCUCGAGGCCGUCGCCCCCGUCCUCUGCGCCGGCAUCACUGUCUACAAGGGACUCAAGGAGUCCGGAGUCCGCGCCGGCCAGUGGGUCGCCAUCGUCGGUGCCGGCGGCGGCCUCGGCUCCCUGGCACUCCAGUACGCCAAGGCCAUGGGAAUCCACACCGUCGCCAUCGACGGCGGCGCUGAGAAGGGCGAGAUGUGCAGGAAGCUCGGCGCCACAGAGUUCGUCGACUUCACCACCUCGACCGACCUCGUUGAGGAUGUCAAGAAGGCUACCCCCGAGGGCCUCGGCCCCCACGCCGUCAUCCUCCUCGCCGUCAGCGAGAAGCCCUUCCAGCAAGCCACCCAGUACGUCCGCGCCCGCGGCACCGUCGUCUGCAUCGGCCUGCCCGCCAACGCCUACCUGCGCGCCCCCGUCUUCGACACCGUCAUCCGUAUGAUCACCAUCAAGGGCAGCUACGUCGGCAACCGCAAAGACACUGCCGAGGCCCUCGAGUUCUUCCGCCGCGGCCUGAUUAACGCCCCCUUUAAGACCGUUGGUCUGAGCCAGCUCAACGAGGUCUUUGACAUGAUGAAGAAGGGUCAGAUCGCCGGCCGUUACGUCGUUGACACCAGCAAAUAAGCCGUUCUUCCUGGCCGAAAAGGGGGGUGUUUUGCGUCGUGUAAUAAGAAAAGGCUGGGGAGUAUCUCUGAGCUCGCAAAAAGUCUGAACGGUGGCAGUUGGUUGCGAUUCACGGCGGACGUGUGGGCGAUUUCAUGUCUUUUAUCGGAUUGUUUUCUUUGAAAGAAUGCCUAUUACCUGGGAGAAUGGGCGGUGGGAGUUUAGCGUGUAUGAUAUGCCAAUCUCGUUUUAUACUCUAUCGGAAACAAGCAUCAAGUAAUAACGCUGAAAUGGCUCC